GCUCAAUGGCUAUUUAAAGUUGCUGUGUCGAGUGCGUAGUUUCUGUACCUCCUCCGCCAUGUACGAGCUGGGCUGUUUGGUCGUAUUGCUGCUGGCUGCCUGGUGCAGGCCGGGGGGCGCAGACACUCCCGCCAAUUGCACCUUCCCAGAAGUUGAGGGCACCUGGGUGUUUAAUGUUGGGCAAGGGAAUGGCGGGGUACGGGACAACAGCAUCGAUUGUUCGCAGAUGGGUCCAGUUGAAAGGAAAAUCAUUGUCACUCUUAAAAAGCUAAAUAUUGCUGAAGAUGAGCAUGGAAAUCUUGGAACAUUUACACUAAUCUACAAUCAAGGAUUUGAAGUCACCAUAAAUAACUACAAGUGGUUUGCUUUUUUUAAGUAUGAGCAGCAUGGAGACAAUGUCACAAGUUUUUGCCAUGAGACAUUCCCUGGAUCACUGCAUGAUGUUCUUGGUCGGAACUGGGCUUGCUUUUAUGGAAAAAAAGUGACUUCGUCUCCACAUGAAAUUGUAAACCCAGCGCCCUUCCCAAAGAAAGGCGGAAGACUGUCAAACAGACUAUAUAGGUAUAACUUAGAUUUUGUGGAGCAAAUAAAUAUGGUUCAGAAAUCAUGGACUGCAACAAUUUAUGAAGAAUAUGAAGGUGUUCCUAUAGAAGAUUUAAUUAGAAAAGCAGGUGGUCGCAGUUCCAGAAUUCUCAGUAUACCCAGGCCAGCACCAAUGCCCUCAGAUGAAAAGUACAAAGGUCUUCCAGAAGCUUGGGAUUGGCGAAAUACUUUUGGCGUGAACUUUGUCAGUCCUGUUAGGAAUCAAGGAUCAUGUGGAAGUUGCUAUUCGUUUGCUACAAUGGGAAUGCUGGAAUCUAGACUUCGUAUCCAGACCUAUAACAAUCAGACCCCAAUAUUAAGUCCCCAGCAAAUUGUCUCAUGCAGCAAUUACUCACAAGGUUGCGAUGGUGGCUUUCCUUAUCUUAUUGCAGGCAAAUAUGCUCAAGACUUUGGUAUAGUAGAAGAGACCAACUUUCCUUACCUUGGCAGAGAUUCACCCUGCACUCUUAAGGAUGACUAUUAUAAAUAUUACACUGCAGAGUACCAUUAUGUUGGGGGUUUUUAUGGAGGUUGCAAUGAAGCCUUUAUGAAGUAUGAGCUAGUUUUGGGAGGCCCAAUAGCCGUAGCAUUUGAGGUGUAUAGUGACUUCAUGCACUAUAAAGGGGGUAUUUACCACCAUACCGGACUUCAGGAUAAAUUCAAUCCAUUUGAGUUAACAAAUCAUGCAGUGCUUUUGGUGGGUUAUGGUACCGACUCCAAAACUGGAGAGAAGUAUUGGACUAUUAAAAAUAGCUGGGGGGAGUCAUGGGGAGAAAAUGGUUACUUUAGAAUACGCAGAGGCACAGAUGAAUGUGCCAUUGAAAGUAUAGCUGUUUCUGCAAUGCCUAUUCCAAGAAUGUAGUUUAAUGCUGCAAAGUUGCUUUUUCUUAAAGAAGGGAACAAAAUCUUUAACGGGUUACCCUCAACUUGCACUAAAUUUGAAUUGUCUAAAUUCCCCUCCUCCCCCCAACACACACACACACACACCUUCAUACCCAACUCCAUAUGAUAAAUCAUAGCCUACAUAUCAAGCUGUUAGACUGCUACAUCAUUUACCAAAAUAAAUAUUAUGUCAAAGGAACUUUAAGAAUGCUGGUAACCUUUAGUAAACAAUAGUUAUUUUCUUCAGUUUACACAGAUUUUCCUUAGUAUUAGGGUUCAGGAAUAUAAUUGUUGGAAGUUUAAAAUCUCUUUUUUGUACAAUAAAGCAUUCUACAUAACUUCUAAUGCUAGGUAUUUGUGGAAAUAAUCCAAAUACAGUAAAACUUAAAAAAUUCAUCUUUAAAUGGAAAAAGAAAUCUGCCAUGGUAAACUCACUAAAUACUUCCUUCCAGACCGAUCUAGCUCUCAUUAGAAAUUGUGUGUGCAACAAACUGCAGGUACCAGUUUAAGACCCAGGGUCAUAGUUAUCCCUUGUCAAGUAAUGCUUACCUGCAACUACCAGGUCUGGGAAUAUACCUGAUGUCUUCUACCUCAGAAGAUGUAGUGUCUUGUACAUGAAAACUACAGAAAUGAAUACAACUGGUGCUGGAUUAUUAUAGAUUGAAGCACCCUAGCAGUUAUAACAAAUUAUGCACUUUGUGUCACUGUACUUGAUUGAUGGGACUCUAACCUACAAUCUGGCACGCUCCAACAUUUUGCCAAAACAUUAUCUUUUGAUGUAUUGGUUAUGCCAGUGGGAUAAAGGUAACUUUAAUAUUCUUGUCUUGCAAAGGGAUAUUAAACACUUUAUAUCAAAAAAAUACUAAAUGUUAUUUUCCCAUUAGGCAAACUCUAUAACCUAGUCUUUGUGCAGCAAUAUCAAGAAAAACUUGACUGCAGUUUUACUUUACGGCACACUAGAGUGCGAGAAGCAUAAAUGCAAGAGGUGUUUAAUAUCCCUUUUGUCAGAAAUUUCGGGAAGGUUUAAAUCCAAAUGGCCAUGUCUUGGGAUCUAACCUUCAUUUGUAGGCUGUGAACACAUUUGAGAGCUUGGGGGGGAGGGGUGCUGAUCUGGAAAUCGGCCUUUAAAAAAAAAAAAAAAAAAACACAAACUAAGUUACAGUAUCUGUGCGUGCUUUGUCAAGUAUAUGAAAAAAAUGUUGGUUUUUUUCUGAGCACUUAAAAUAUUUGUCAAAGGGACAUUAAGCAUCUGCCUUAAUCAUUUUAAUCAGGGAAUUUUUUGAAUGUGUCUUUGUAUUGUAAUUGAUUUUUUUUUUUUGUAUUGCAGAAAUGCUAAAUAAAAUCUUGUGUUUACUUUU